UACUUCAAAGAUGACCAGGGUUGGACUAAUCUGUACGCCAAAAAGGCCCCGACUUGGUGGACCUUGUCCUACUGGUGCCAGCGUCAACCGCCCGAAGGCUGUUUCAUUCGUCUCGUGCCGGUGUAUGGCACUUCGGAUAAGCAACAAGAGGUUAUACAGAGAUGCCUUGAAGAUUUCAUGGCUUCGCCAACCCCAGGAACGGCUCGAUACAGCAUGAUUCUCGUUGGAAACUCCCUCGCCGAAUACUUCUACGACUUGAGCACAGAACGUCUUUGUGUCUGCUUGCCGUAUGAACGUCCAAAAGGUAAGACAGUUUCCAUCAAAAAGUUUUGUUGCCGUAGUUUCUACCCCAAAUGA